AUGGACUCUCAACUUCUUACACCCGAUACUCCGGAGCGGUCUCCGACUUGCCGCGAAGCUUUCCCCUUCAACUCUCCAGAAUCCUCCAAGGACCGAGCCGAGCCUUGGGAGUUCUCUCACGAUGGCUACUACCCCAUCACUCCUCCCACGGAGGAGUGCGAAUCAGACGAGGAACUCGCAACUAUUGCCAGCUCCAUUGACCUCGAGGCGGAACCACUGGUUGCCGUCAUUGGGGUAGGAUACGUUGGAGAGCACCUCGUGGGCAACUUUGCCCGCAAGUUCAACGUCCUCGGUUUCGAUGUCUCUGAGGCGCGAGUCCAGAGCCUCGAGAGAGAAUUCGGCCCAGACAGUAAGGCCAAGUUCACCAGCAAACCCAGCGAUAUGGGAGCGGCUACACACUUCCUCAUCUCAGUGCCCACGCUUCUGCGCCCAGACCAGACCGUUGACACUUCCUUCCUGCGGUCCGCGCUCAAGAAUGUUGCAACAUACGCCCGCGCUGGCUCCGUAGUGGUCGUCGAGUCAUCCGUCGCUGUUGGCAUGACCAGAGAGCUGCUCGGCCCUCUUGCCCAGGAACGCCACUUCUUCGCUGGCAUGUCUCCUGAGCGUGUCGACCCCGGCCGUGUUGAGCCUCCUGCUCACGCUAUCCCCAAGAUCGUGUCCGGUCUGGACGAUAUGGUCCCCGGUUCGCUGAACGCCAUCGUCCGCCUCUACUCGCAGGUUUUCGACAACGUCGUUCCUGUGUCGAGACCUGAGGUCGCCGAGAUGACCAAGUUGUAUGAGAACUGCCAGCGUAUGAUGUGCAUUGCUUUCGCCAAUGAGAUGGCUGAUGCCUGUCUUGGACACGGAGUCGACCCAUAUGAAGUCUCUGGUGCUGCUGCGACCAAGCCAUUUGGAUACAUGCCCUUCACACCUAGUCUGGGUGUUGGCGGCCACUGCAUCCCCGUCAACCCGUACUACCUUCUCUCCAACAACCAGUUCCCUCUCCUUCAACACGCAACGGAAAGAAUGCGCGCGCGUCCGUCGGCCAUCGCUCAGCGCGCUGUUGAUGCGCUGUGCGCAGAAAAGCCGCGGCCGAGCGUCCUCGUCGUAGGCAUGGGCUUCAAGAAGGGCCAGUCCCACCUGGCAAACUCUCCUGGGCUCGAGCUUGCAAAGAGCCUCGUAUUGUCUGAGAAGGUCGAUGUUUGCUGGGCCGAUCCCCUCGUCAAGCAGGAGGCGGUACCACAGAUCCCCCGCCUGAAUGAUGUCGAGGGCUGGAAUGUUAAGUCGUUGGAAGAGCGAUUCGACAUGAUCAUCGUUGCGUUCAGACAGAGUGGGCUUGAUUUCGAUGUCCUGAGCCAACUGCAGAGCACGCGUGUUGAGAUGUGGUGCAACUAA